AUGGUCAGCGAACCUCAAAUUGACCCAAUUCUUGCUGCUCAUGGGACGAUACCGGAACUGCAACUUGGGGAGGGCGUAUCGGGUGCAAGGAAGGGGAGGCCGAAGAAAAGUGAAGGGGUGAACAAGGGCAAGCGGGCGGCUGCCUCGAGAGCAGGGGACAGGGUGACGAGAAGCAGGGCUGCUGUUGCUCAAGAAGAUGAAGCUGGCUCAAGUAAGAAGCGGCAACGCACCAAAGCGCCAGUCAAUAUCCCUGGGCAACCCAACGGCGAAGCCGUAUCAUCAACGAUGAACAGGACAGGAAGUUCUUCCUACUCGGGUAUCGAAAGUGCACCUCAAUUGGCUCAUGUUGCACCUCUGGUCAGCGGUGCCAGGGCUAUGGAACAGCUCGCCUCCGCCGCUAUCGCCCAAGAACCUGUCUCUCAAUCAAAUAUCGAAACGGCCUACACUCCUCAAAUAUCUCCAUCUCUACAACCUUACCCUAUCGGCCGCACACCCUUCCGCUACCCAUGCCAUCAUCCCGACCUCCCGCCGCCUUUGCCUGGUGAUCCGAAUGCCGUCGGGUUCAGGCGGUUCGACCCUUCUUUGGACUAUGACUCUGACGACUCGAGUGUCAGUAGUCAAAGCAAUCAGAGGGUGGCAGGCAAUGUUGGUCAAGGUCAAGGAAGAGACGAGCAGAUAUAUCCAGCUAUAGGCCCAUCCCGCCAGAAUUUGCUCCCAACUCCAUCCCAAACACCCACUUUCCCACCUGAUCACUCUACUCAGCAAGUUAUCGCGAAUAUGGGGCACCAUCUCCCUUCUCAUAUCCCGGUCCAGGCCGUUGACCCUGGACGAGGGCAAGGGCAGGGCCAGUGGCAGCUCGCAGCGCAACAUCAACAGUCCUUCUGGCAAGAGGAAGUUGAGGCGAAUGCGAAUGCGGCUUUUGAGUCGAUUUCGGCUUUGUUGAGUGCGUCGGAGUAUCCUGGGGAGAUGCAUGGUCAGGGGUAA